CUCCUUUUCUUCAAGAAAGCCACCCCUUUCCAUCACUCUUCUUCUUCUUCUUCGAUUUCGCUCUCGCGUUUCUGGGCUCUCCAAUCGCAGUUCUCUCAAAAAGGAAGAAGAAGAAAAAAGCGAAUGUUCUUGAUCAAAUUUUACAACGGUUCGAUUGUUGAUUUGGAGAAGUGACAGGUUCCAAAGAGAUUUUUUUUUCUUUCAUUUCUUAAGACGUGAUGUUGUCAGUUGAAUUUCUUUCUGCUUCCAUCGAUAUGUUCUUUCUCUGUUAGAAGGAUGCUCGGAGAAACUGGAGAUUUGGUGCUCGGAGUAAAAUAAGCUAAGUUGGCUUUUGAGUUCGAAGAAUUCCAGACUUGUUCGCCCUUUGGCGAUUCAGAUCUGUAAUAAUCAUUAAGAAUUUGCACCGGAGCAGGUUUCAUUUCUGGCGCAUAGCGUUCGGUAUACACGGAAGAGGCUAAGCGGCAAUUAAAAGCCGACUGCUAUGGCGUUAAAGGCUGGUCCUUUCCGAUUCUGAGAACGUAGAAUAGGAGCAGUUUUACAGUUUCCUGCGUUUCCCCUUCUGUUGCAGUAAAAUAAUCAAGACUGGUUCCUCUGAUAGGCUUCAGAUACGAAUUAGGUGUUGCAUUCCCUUCGAAGUUAUCCAGGUUGGCCGUGAGGGAUUUAUAGAGGAGGCUAGAUUCGGAGCUGGAGUUAAUGUCCGGAUCAGCGUGCUUUUAUGAGUAUUUAUGCCGUCUUUUAUAGUUAAGGCUUGAUGGAAUAAGAGAUCCUGACCAACUUUGUUUCUCCUCCACUUUAAACUCCUUUCCUUGUCGAUGAAAGCUUUAUGAUGGGGUACUGAAUCCAGAUUGUGCAUUGAUCUAAAGUUCGAUUCCUUUCUGAUAUAGCUAUCGAAGAUAGAGUUCGGCGUGUUCUCAUGGCUGUGGCGCUUGCAAAUAGCUCACCAGGUUUCGGGACUUCUGGUGAUGCAUUGUAUAAGGAAUUAUGGCAUGCAUGUGCUGGGCCCUUGGUUACGUUACCCCGUGAAGGAGAGCGUGUUUAUUACUUUCCUCAAGGUCACAUGGAGCAGCUGGAAGCCUCAACAAAUCAAGGGCUAGACCAGCAUGUGCCAGCAUUCAAUCUACCCUCAAAAAUCCUAUGCAAGGUGGUCAACGUUGUUCUUCGAGCAGAACCAGAUACAGAUGAAGUUUUUGCGCAGAUUACCCUCUUACCUGAAUCAAAUCUUGGUGAGGUCACUAGUCCGGAUCCUACUCUACCUGAUCCUGAAAGGCCCAUGGUUCACUCCUUUUGUAAGACAUUAACUGCCUCUGAUACGAGCACUCAUGGAGGUUUCUCAGUCCUCAGAAGGCAUGCUGAUGAAUGCCUUCCUCCACUGGAAAUGUCUCAGGAUCCACCUUGCCAAGAACUCAUUGCCAAAGAUCUUCAAGGAAAUGACUGGCGAUUUCGUCACAUCUUUCGAGGUCAACCUAAGCGCCACCUUCUUACAACUGGUUGGAGUGUAUUUGUUGGUUCAAAGCGAUUGGUAGCUGGUGAUGCGUUUAUAUUUCUAAGAGGGGAAAACGAUGAACUGCGUGUUGGUGUCAGAAGGCUCAAGAGACAGUUAAAUAACAUGCCAUCAUCUGUCAUAUCCAGUCAUAGCAUGCAUCUUGGAGUUCUUGCUACAGCAUCCCACGCAAUCACUACGGGCACUCUUUUUUCUGUCUUCUAUAAGCCACGAGUAAGCCAAUCUGAAUUUAUCGUAAGCCUGAACAAAUAUCUUGAGGCUAAAAACCACAAAUUGUCUGUCGGGAUGAGGUUCAAGAUGAGAUUUGAGGGUGAUGAGUCUCCUGAAAGAAGAUUAAGUGGUACUAUUGUCGGUGUAAAUGAGAAGGCAUUUUCUCAAUGGGAAGAUUCAGAAUGGAGAUCAUUAAAGGUCCGAUGGGAUGAGCGAUUAUCAGUUGCCCUUCCAGAGAGAGUGUCUCCUUGGGAAUUGGAGCCAUUCGUCGCAGCUAUUCCUCCGAUCUCCCAACCAUUUCAGAGAGUCAAGCGUGCACGACCACCGGUUUCACUUCCUGUUUCAUCUGAUGUAUCGUCUGCGUCUGGUGCAUGGAAAACGCCAUCCCAGACUACCCAAAUGUUCUCUUUCUCAACUUCGCAAAGAGUUUCGGAGCUAUAUUCACCAUCUAAACCAAUCACUGUGUUCUCACCUGUAUCUAAUUCUAAUUCUGUUGGACUUGAAACAAAAAAUUCUCCGACCGUUGCCAGCAGCCUCAUGUGCCGGCCAGUCAGACCAGAAACUCAAAGUGAUGCCUUGUCGGCAAGCAGCAAUAAGGAAUCAUGUGUUCGAAGGCAGGAGACUUACAAAGGCUGCAGGCUAUUUGGUAUUCACCUAACUGAAGGGCGCGGAAUAGAAGUAACAUCAUCGGUUCCAAUCGUUGCCGGAGCUGGGGCGGACAAGUCAAUGACAUCUUUGGAAGUAGAUUCAGAGCAACAAUCACAACCAUCUGCUGACCAAUCUGGCACACCUGCAGUCACCAGUGAGACCGAUAAGUUGUGUUCGAGGGAGAUGCAAACCCGGCAACUCAGGAGCUGCACCAAGGUGCACAUGCAAGGAAUGGCAGUUGGCAGGGCAGUGGACUUAACCAGAUUAUCCGGAUACGAUAAACUUGUACAUAAGUUAGAAGAUAUGUUCAGUAUCAAAGGGGAGCUUACCGGUGCACUCAAAAAGUGGGUAGUCGUCUACACAGAUGAUGAGGACGACACAAUGAUGGUCGGCGAUGACCCCUGGCUUGAGUUCUGCAACAUGGUGAGGAAGAUAUACAUCUACACAAGUGAAGAGGCCAAGAGACUCUCUCCCAAGAAGAAGUUGGCAAUGAUGGCUGAGGCCAUCAAGCUUGGCUCAAAGAAAUCCUUGCUCGAUGCUGAUGCGGACGCUGGUGCUGAUCAGAGCAACCUCGAAGACGGCGACACUGGUGGUUAUGCUUAGAAUUGCUGAUUUGUGCUCACUCAGUGGAAAAAACCUACCCGUUUUUGUUAGAAAGUUUGGUCACUAAUUGUGUGUAUCCUACUUGGUUAUUAGUUUUCUUUCUGCUAGAAAUGUAGAGGUGAAAUGGCUUGUGCCUGAGCCAUGCUGUAUUAAAUCACCACUUUCUUUGUUCUUGAACCUUGACGAAUGGAAACGAAUGGAAUGGAAUGCCCAUCUUUAUCCAUAA